GAUUAGGUACAAGCUUGCAACAGAAUCUGAUGCAAUAGUGAGCUUCUUAGUUGCAAAUUCUUUACCUUCGCCACCAAAUUCUGCAAGGGCAGCACGAAUUGCUGCCAGUUCAGCUCUCGUAAUAGUGUUUGUGCACCCAGCGCCAUUUGGAUUCACGUAGACAACGCGAGAAUCGCUGAACCAGGCGCAGGCACCGGCAACCUGGACUUCUUUGCCAUUUUCAGUUUUGAUUUUGCUUACCGAACCAUCUGUCCAGACAGUGCCAUUCACGUCGUGGGCCAGAGCAUGGCGGGGGGCAAAGCACUGGAGUCCGGCGGGGUUCCCAACAAUGACCAGUCGGAGCCCCUUCUGGCGUUCAGCCUGGGUGUUGGUGCCAAGUCCUGUGUCGAGGCCCGCGGUGCCCGCGGACCAGUUGACCAGCUCGUGGCAAAGCAUUGGACGAUGGCUGCUACUGUGCCUGCCGGCAGCGACACCUGGUGCAUUGGCAUGGCCUUGCGGUCCUGCUGCGCCGGGUCAUAGCGGUAGCGCAUGAUGAGGGCAGCGACCGCUUCCUCAAAGGCGUUGGGCCGCUGGUUGCCGGUGUGCCUGAAGCGCUCCCACAGGGUAAGGAGGCGGGGGUAGGUGAUGGUGCCCAGCCAGCGGCCACUGGGUUCAUGGACGUGUGCCUCAGCUGGGUCACGGCGGGUGCCACCAGUGGUGGUAAUUGUGUAUGCUCCGGGGGCCACGAUGUCCUUGUAGGGGUUGCACGGGCUUGUGGUGAUGGUGGUGGUCGUGCGGAUGUCACGCGCGCGGGAUGCGGUAUCCAGGGGCUCGGCGUCGUGGCGGCCUUGGCGCUGUCUGGCGGUAAGGUUCCGAUCAGGUGCGGGGCGCACUGUUCGGGGCCGCGGGCCUUGGUUGGUACCAUUUGCUAGCCGGGUUUUGCACUCCUCCAGUAACUCCUCCCAUUGUGGGCUGUGUUUUAGGUCCCGUUCACGGUCCGUGCUCGGCGCCCACGUGACAUGUCGCAGGAGUUUGGUCGUCCAGGACGAGAAUAGGGGGGCCCCAGUGGGCUGCGGUGCUGCCGGCUCUGCAGCUUGGGCAGGCUCUUCAGGUGAGAUUGCGUGGGCUUGGGUUUCAGCCGGAGGCUCAGCCUCGGUCUGCGCAGGUUGUGGGCCUGGGCGCGUCGCAAGAGGGUGCUUGUAGCACCUGGCAUUCUGGAUAGUUGCGUAGCCCAUGCGAACAAAAGCAGAGACAAUGCCGGCUGGGCAAAUGGACGGCUUCCACUGCACCUUCCAGUAUUUUUCACGUGUCCCAGAGGUGUCCUCUCUGGCUUUGCGCUUCCGUGUCAGUUCUUUGUCCGUGACAGUUUGUUUGUUUUCGCUGUGCAGGACCUGUGCCAGUUCCUGUCCGUCAUUGUCCAGGUCGUAGGUGAGUUGAGUGUCACCGUUAGUGCGGUUGUCAGCGGGCCGUGGGACUAGAUCGUGUGUGAUCCUGGCGCGGGCCAGUCGCCAGCUGGGACGGGCCCCGUGGCCUCCCGCAGCGUGCGCUGCCGGGGCAGUCAGGGGCGGCGUCGGGCUAUCAGCGUCCAUGGGGUCGUUAUGAGCGGCAGCCUGGUUGACUUCCAUAGGCAAUGCUGUGUUGUUCAGAUACUCGCUUAUGGCGUUGGGUUCGGGGUUGGCGGCAUUCGCCGUGAGACGGGAUGUGAGGGCGGGUGGUAGCCCACGGCGCUGUUGGCGUGGUUCGACAGCAAUGGUAAGGGAGGGUGGGUCUUGUGGGUGUGGGUGGCCGAUCCGCAUGUGUCCUGUCAUGUCUUUGGUGAGCGCUUGGAAUACCGAGCAUGCCGUUUCGUACCCCCGCGUGCCCACCGGCAGGCUCUCAUCGCCGUUGGUGAGCCGCAGGGCAUGGUUGAUGGCGGCGCGGUCCCCGGUGAGUAGGUCCUCAGGGGUAGUGCGCGUGGUUUCUGCAAUGCGUGCACGUUGUGCUGCAUGUUUUGUAACGCGCCGUGCGCGUGUUUGGUUCUGUGGUGGCCGGCGGGUUGUAGCCGGCUUGCGGGCUCUGGCCGGGGGUCGUAGGGAGGGCUGCGUUGCCCCAUCAGCAGGGGCUUCCGGUGCGGCCGCAGGGCCAUGUGCGUCGGGUUGGGCCUGGCCCCCCCCCUGCUGGGGAGGGGGGGGGCAGGUCGGCGGGGGCUUGCAUGGUGUUUGUUUGGGCGGGGGGCGCCUCCGGGAGGGGCUGGAGGUGCCGGUCGAGGGGGCUGGCCAUUCCAGGGGGGAGGGGGUCGGGCCUCAUAGCUAAGGCUAUGAUUGUGGCCACGUCGGGCAGAGUGCGUUGUGCGGUGGUCAGGGGGGCAGGGCUGCUGUGGGCUGGAGGGUUUUCCCCUGCACGUCCAGCCAUACUGAGCGCGAGGCUAAGCCUGUUGAGGGCUACCUUGUGCUUGUGUCGGACCCGGCUCGCCCCCAUGUGCUUCUCGAGGUCCGAGCUAGUGAUCAGGUGUUUGCCUGUGUUGCGGUCCACCAGGUGGCUCAGUUCGAGCCUCAGGUCCGCAAGAGGGAGGACGUAUUCAACGGGAAGAGGUUCAACGCCCCGGGCCUCGGCUUCUGCCUCAAGGGCAGCGGCAAUGGACCAGGUAGGCGCUGUAAAAGCAGACCCGUUUUGGUACAGUACGACACCGUACUCUUUUGCCAGGGUCAUCUGUUUCAGCGUCGUAAGGUGGUGUGACCUAUGGGCUGGGAGAAGGUGGGCGUGUGUGGAGCCAGCUAUGCUUGCCUGGCGCGGCAGAAGGGCUCGGGUUACUAUCCCAAGACGGCCCGAGUCAUUUAGGGCAAGGACCAGGGCCCGCUCGGCCACGCGCGCGUAUUGUGGCAGGAGGGAGCCCAGGCCCAAGCCGUAUUCGUCGGCGGGCAGGAGGGAGGUCCGGGUGGGGAAGCUGCGGGGGAGCCCAUAGCAACGCUUUGCAUAACCAGCCAGUGUAGUGUCGAGCGUUGUUAUGUCCUGUUUUGUGAAGGGCAUUGCUGCGAAUCCAUAUGCAACUGUGGUGUGCACGCACUGUUGUAUCAUGCGCAGGCGUUGUGCCGGCGUUGCCAGGGAUGUGGCGAUGGCUGUGCCCUUGUCUUUCACAAUCUCGGUGACUCUUGCGACAUGUGCUGACCAGUCCAGCGAGAAAGUGAGCUGCACGCCCAGGUACUUGUACGGCUGGGUCGGGGGGAAGUACGGGACAGGGGUCGUGCCAAUUUUAAUUGUGUUGGUCAUGUUGCGGCGCAUGGCGGCAAGGGUAGCUUUUCCUGUGGGCCCGUCAAGGUUGGGGUCCGAGCGAGACUUGUCGUGCCAGAUGGCGGUGGUGGCACACUUGGUGUGAUUGACACGCAGGCUCGCCCACUCGGCGUAAGAUGCGAUUUUGUCACAUUGAA